GUGGUGCAGCACUGCUAGGAGUGCUGUUCCUGCUGGGGCUGCUUCCCCCCUCUUCCCAUCACUCCCAGCAGAGGUGCGGAAGGCCAUUGGUGCCCGGCCAGCUCUGCGCUGAGCCCAGGGCCCCACUGCCCCAGCCUGCCCUGCGCCGCGUGGCCUUGGCAGCCAGGACCGGGCUCGGCUCCUCCUCCGGGUGCCCCGUGACGGUCCCAGGGGUGACAUUACCUGCCCAACCUGCGCCGCCGCUCCCACGCCUGGAGUCAGCCAGCCUGGGCCUCCCUGCUCCUCCAACGCCGCCCGCGUCGCCUUCGCUCCCUGACCGCGCUCACCGCUGGGACCCCCAUCACCGCUGGGACCCCACCCCCUGCUGGGACCCCGCUCACACCCCAGCAGUGAGGAGACUUUGCCCCCGUAUCACUUCCCUGCAGCCCGCCCCGCUCCGUGCUCUGCAGAGGGAAGGAGGAAACCUGGGGCAGAGGGAAGGAGGAAACCGGGCGGCAGCUGGGAGAUAUGAGCAGUGCCGAGGAGGACUACAACUUUGUUUUCAAAGUGGUUCUGAUCGGGGAAUCCGGCGUGGGCAAAACCAACCUGCUGUCCCGCUUCACCCGCAACGAGUUCAACCACGACAGCCGCACCACCAUCGGCGUGGAGUUCUCCACCCGCACCGUCCUGGUGGGAGACGCCGCGGUGAAGGCACAGAUCUGGGACACGGCAGGGCUGGAGCGGUACCGCGCCAUCACCUCCGCGUACUACCGUGGGGCUGUGGGUGCUCUGGUCGUCUUUGACAUCACCAAGCACCAGACGUACGACGUGGUGGAGCGCUGGCUGAAGGAGCUCUAUGACCACGCCGAGGCCAGCAUCGUGGUCAUGCUGGUGGGCAACAAGAGCGACCUGGCGCAGGCGCGGGAGGUGCCCACAGAGGAGGCGAAAAUGUUUGCAGAGAACAACGGGCUGCUCUUCAUUGAGACGUCGGCGCUGGACUCCACCAACGUCGAGCAGGCGUUUGAGACCGUCCUGAAGGAGAUCUUCAGCAAAGUUCAGAAGCAGAAGCAGAGGAGCAGCCAAAGCAGCACAGUGUCACUCGGCAGCGAGAGCCCCGACGGCGCGGUCGCAGCGCAGGCAGAGAAGCGCCCGUGCUGCGUGGCCAUCUGAGCUCGUCCCGGGGCUCGUAGCCGCCGGCACAGCUGGGUGGCGACCGACCCGCCGUGCCGCCCGUUGUCCCGGCGCGGCGGCAGCCCGGAGCUCGGCCGUGCUCUGCCGUGAGCAGCGCGAAGCACCGCCGCAGCUCUGCGCGGUGUCGGUCCGUCCCCGCGGCGCAGAUGCGCUG